CGUAGUUGUCGCCGGCAUAUACGGAUUUUAUCUAUCGAAACGAAGCAUCGUAGCGAACCGGUACGAGCAUAUGAAAAUAAGGGAACGCAUGUACACCUCGAACACGCUCGCAAACCGACAGCAAUCAAACGAAUAAUGGCGCAGACCGAACAGCAAAAGAUGCAGCUGAUUCAGGAUCUCGAGAUCGAAAUGAUGGCCGACAUGUACAACCGGCUGACGUCGGCAUGUCACAAGAAGUGCAUCCCGCCCGUCUACUCGGACGCCGAGAUCGCGAAGGGCGAGGCCGUCUGCCUCGAUCGGUGCGUCGCCAAGUUUUUGGAUAUUCAUGAACGUAUCGGGAAGAAAUUAGGACAAUUGUCGAUGCAGGACGAGGAAUUGUUAAAAAAGAAAUGAGUGUUGAUGCAUUUGUUGAUUUUUGUAGUUUUUUAAUUAGAAUUGUUUAGUUCUAGUGAUCAGGUGCCGUUAUGUAAAUCGAUUUAAUAAAAAUUAUGAUGUCCCUGA